UGCGAAAUGCAUUGUCUCAGUCUCAAAUCUCAUUAUUUUGAGCUUUUGCUAGCUUUCGUAUGCAAAAUUGUUUUGAGACAAAUCUCACAAAAAUGAGAUCGAUCUCAUUUUAUAGAUCUAUCUCAUUUGAGAUGUUUCCGUAUGCAGAAAGAAAGCGUUGUCUCAUUCAAAUGAGCCAAAGCUCGUAAAAUGUUGAGACUGGAAAUUAGUUGUCUCAGGAAUAACAAUGGCUGAGUACAUGAAUAUUUUUGCUCCUGUUGAGUCAACAGGAAAUUAUAAAAUUCUUUAUAGGUUUACCCAAACUCAAAUUGAGGCCUUAACAGAUUAUUUUUUUCAAAGUAGUGAUACUUUUCGGGGUGGUCGUUUAUCUAAUAAAACCAGAAUGAGGGUUUUUCUACGAUUCGUUGCUGAUCCUGGUUUCCAAAGCGGAAUUGCCGAAGAUUUCGGAAUCGACCAAAGUUCGGUAUCUAGGAUCAUCAUCGAAGUUGGUGAAAAAAUUGUAAGGAAAAAAGAGGACUGGAUUAAAUUUCCGAAUACGUUGGAGCAGACAGAUGCCGAAAAAGUAAUUUGGCUAAAUAAGUAUCAAUUCCCAUCCUGCAUUGGAGCAAUUGAUUGCACUCACGUGCGCAUUAAAAAGCCUAUCCGUCACAGUGAUGAAUUUGUAAAUAGAAAAGGUUUUCAUUCAAUAAAUGUUCAAGCGACAUGCAACGGAGCGGAACUGUUUACGAGUGUUGACAUCUCUUGGCCAGGGUCGGUACAUGAUUCGAGAAUCUUUAAAAAUUCUGAAAUUUACCAAACUCUCCUUGAAAGUUCAUCAACUAUACUCAUUGGCGACGAGGGCUAUGGAAUUACUCCGUUUUUAAUGACUCCGUACCGGAACCCUGUCAGUGCCGCUGAAGUUAACUUUAACAAUAUUCUAACGCAAGAAAAAGUUAUUAUUGAGAGAGUAUUUGGCCAGCUUAAACAAAAAUUUCCUUGUCUGCAAUAUAAAUUAAGAGUGGCAACACGCAACGCACCAAAGGUAAUAAUGUCGUGUUUUAUUCUGCACAACAUUUCAAAAGCAUUCCAGGGUGGGGAUGAAAAUGAGGAAAACCAGAUGGAUGCUCCAAUGGAUAUAGAAGAAGAAGAACAUACCCCUCUCUUUCCCCCCAAUGACACAUCAAGGAGAGAUUCUCUUCUCAGAGUAGCUGGUCAGAGCAAAAGAAACGAAAUUGCGAGGCUUUUGCUCAACCAAAACCGUUAGAUUGUGCACAUUUUUUUUUAAAUAAAAACAAAAAUAACAUAAAUAUCAAGAGUUUUAUUUAUAAGAUAUGUAUGUACAUUAUGUAAU